CAGUCGCGUGUGCUCCGUGUAACUUGAUAGUUGGAGGCGCUGCAGGGGACCCGAGGCCGCCGGAGAAGACUCCGCAUUUCAAGGAAUACAGCCAGCCACAAAGAAUGGUGGAGGAUAACCGGAUCAAACAGAUGAUGAAGACACCGAAUACACGCUGCGCGAACCGGGCCGUGUUCGUUUGGAGUCAGCCGGCUCAAAUCUCAGCUCUCUCAUCUCCGGUCAGUGGACGUCGGUAGCCGCCUGCCCGGCUUGCUAGCCCCGCAGUCCUUCAAAAUCUCCGCUCCACAAUCACGGAUCUCCUCUGUGUUUUUUUUUCUUUUUUUUUUUUUUUUAAACAGCAUUACGAAAGCUAGCCAGCAUCAGACGGAGCUCACUUGAGCAUAUGACGCCCGUUUGCUCUCAUUGAAGCGGCGGUGUAACCUUCAGGUCCUUUAUUGCGGAUCUGACCGCUAGGACCGAGCUAGCAUCCUCUGGAGUCGGAUGGACGCGCGGCUCAGCCUGCAUCCCUGUCCGGGACGCGUUCAAGCCGCGCUGCUGCACCGGAAUGCUAACUAACGAGGAAGUGGCUCUAACAUGACGGGAGGCGUUUCGUCCCUCAGGCUCGUCGGCGCUGCUCAGACACUUCUUUGAUGCCAGAUGUAAUGACCGUCCCCAGCUCGCAGCAUGCCUGUGGCCGGCCGUGUCUGCCUCCAGCCCUGCGGAUGACACUCACACAGGUAGCGGCGGUUCAGAGCGAGCAGCGGCGGCGCGGACACACCGUCGCCGGGUAGCGCCGACAGACUUGACGUGAGCUUGCUAGCGCCGAGCUAGGCGGCUAACAGCACAAUAUAACUCACCUCCCUCCCUCCCCCCCCUCAACCAACACCAAUGGUAUCCCAUAAGGUUUUAGUCGCAAUAAUCCUGCUGAACGUGUAUAUAGGUGUACAGUCUGUUUUUUACUUGUUCGGCGGAGUCCUUUUAACGGUCCUCUUUGCUAUGGCAUUUUUAAACGGACCCAGGCUGCUGGACUGGGCGAGCUCACCUCCACAUCUCCAGUUCAACAAAUACGUCCUAACGGGAUACCGGCCAAUCUCGUCCGUGCAGGACUGCAUCAGGAGCCUGUUUUACCUGCACAAUGAACUUGGAAACAUUUACACUCACGGCAUCCCUUUGGUUUGCUUCCUGGUGCUGCUGCCGCUCAACAUCCCCUGGUCCCAGAUCAGCGUCACGUGGUUGGGCGUGGUGCACUUCCUGGCCUGCCUGUCGCCCCAGCUGGGCUCGGUGCUCUACCACCUCUUCAUGAACCACGAGGGAGGCGAGCCGGUGUACCACACCCUCCUCAAGCUGGACGUGUGUGGAAUCUGCAUGAUCAACACGCUGGGUGCGCUGCCCAUUGUCUACAGCACGCUGUUGUGCUACCCAUUCAUCCGCACUGUGGCCCUGUUAGUCUACAUCCUGCUAUCCAGCCACGCCAUCUACUGCGCCGUCACGGCUCGGAGCAGCGUGCGCCGGCUGCGCUCCUUCGCCUGGCAGGCGCUGUUCCGCUUCUCCUUCUUCCUGCUGCGCUGGGUGGGCGUGGGCGGCGGCAGCCCUACCUCGCUACGCCACUUCCUAAUGAUGGACGCGCUGGCCGUGCUGGGCGGGGUCAUCAACAUCACACGCAUCCCGGAGCGCUUCCGGCCGGGCCUCUUUGACUACUGGUGCAACAGCCACCAGAUCAUGCAUGUACUGGUGGUGGGCUCCAUCCUCUACCUGCACUGGGGCGUGCUGGACGACCUGCUGUGGAUCAACAGCUACAACUGUCCCUCAGACUGACCCCCACAACAGCCCCCGCCCCCUGACAAGGAGCACUGGGACAUAGGGUUGAAGGACUACUGGGGGGGAGGGGGGUGUGGGGAGAGGGGAGGGGGCAGGAGGGGAGAUUGGGGGAGAACUGAUGCUGUGCAUGUGUUCACCUCAUGCGCUCAGAAUGUUCAUAUCUUCGUCCAUCUUUGUGCGAAUGCAGGUAAACGUAUGUCAAGUCACACGCACAAUCAUUUUGACUCUCUCUUGCCACAAACAUGAACAGAGACACACACAUUCAUACAGUUAAUUAGAGUAUUAAAUGCUAUAAAGUCAUAGGAAAAGGCUUCAGUAAAAGGCUUCUGCUGAGCUUAAAGCCUUUACUCAGUAACAGAAGUUGACCAUUAGUUGAUGUGGUUGCUUCAGACAGUCUAAAUAUCACACGCUCAAGUCCUCUUAGAUGUCACUGUUGCUACCUAUGCAGCACAUCCAUAUCUCAGCUCACGCACAUCUCACACACACAACACACACUACUCCCUCGCACCUAUAUUUUUAUACUACAUGUACAUACUGUGAGUGCUGCGCAAAGCACUCCUCGAGUUUUCACUUAUUUAUUUCCUUGUUUUGUGCCACUGCCUCUUUCUUUAUGUGUGUGUCGGUUUGAACUGUCCUUACCGGCACCAGAUGAAGAUGGACGAGGGGUUCAUUCCUGAUCAUGAUGGCGAUGAGUUUACGCGCUUUAGGUGGCCAAGACUGCAAAGUUAGAGUCUGUCACGCAGUGUUGUCGGCUUUGUUUGCACCAGUGCCAACGAAAUCCAGGCAUGUUGAAACUGAAAAGAAGUUGCACUCGUUUACAACCUGUUAUUCCGUGGCGUUAAGCAGAAUUCUCUUGUCCAGCAAAGUUUGAAUAAUUUAUUGUUUUGCAUUUAUGAAUACCUCAAUUUGUGAGGAAACUGUUACCACUAUUUACUUUUAUGAAAUGUUAUCAUUUUUAGCUUAAAAAAGUACGAGCUGAGUGCUUUGUAUUGAGUAUUCAGUCUUCUGCACAUUAGUUGUGUGUAAAUGCCCUCUAGUCUGCAAUUCAGAAUGACAAAACCUUUAGAUGACAUUGUUGCUCUUCACUGAAAUGCCACCACGUGCACAUAUGUGGCACCAGGAUGCACUAAAAAGUAAGAUGUUGCCACUUAAAGGUUGCCAAUAGCUUGUAAGUUGUUGUCUAGUAAACGUUUUAACACUGUAAACCUAUUUAGGCAAAUAGCAGAUAUUUGUCUUUGACACAAUAUGCACAAAGUAAUAUUCUUAAAGAAUAGAUUAUAUCCGUUAUUCUUUCUAUUCAUGGGUAUUUAUCUGCUGCUGCAGGUAGUUCUGUGUCUGUCAGCUGCUUAAACAGCUGUGCUGCUGCUGUGGAGGAUCACAGGCUCACAGAUCAAGUUAGAGGUCAAAGCAAAUCUUUUGUUUUAUUCAAACCGUGCAAAUCCUGAGGAUUAGCUCUGCAUUUUCUCUCCACCCGCUUUUCUUUCCUGCAAUAUGUGACUUCUCAGUCACACAGUAAUGUAGUUGGAAAAGAUCUGUGGCCAUGCAUUGCAUUUCAUUCACAAUUACCAGAUAGGAAACAGUUGACCUUUAAAACGUACAAGCCUCUUUAGCUCCGUUAUUUACAUCAGCUUUUCUCAGACUUGAAUUCGAUUCUACUGUAUUUGGAUGUUUACAUGCACAUUAUAUAAUGAUGUUCAGUCACGAUCGCCACCAAAUGAGCACAUAAUUGCCACAUUAUACUUUUGAAUGCACUGUUUUUGCUCUGCAGCUGUGUGUGUUCUGUGACAGAGCACAACUUAACUUGCACUUUUUUUUCAACCUGAAUAGAGGUUUGACUCUGAUGAGUCAUUUCAAAGCAGUGCAGUGAAUAUAUAUAUAUAUAGGUAUAUAUUAAGGUGGUCUCACUAAGCAGGAAUGAACCCCUUCGCCCUCCUGUCAUGUAUAAGGCACAGCAGCUCUGUGUGUAUGUUCAUGAUUAUUUUGGCUCCAUACUCUGCUGUGCUAUUUCGGUUGCUACUCUCGAGUAGAAGUAACUGUUGCGCUGUUCCGUCGUGCUCAAGACUGCUGUCUGACGGCUGACUUCUUAUCUAGAGGCAGACUUUACUUUCUUAAUGACAUUGCACUUGUUUCCCAAGCCAACAGUCACAGCCGCCCACUGACUAGUUGCCAAUCCCCUCAGCCCCAUUUCAUCUUGCCAAAUUAGCAGCGUCUGAGGUGUAGCACACCCUUUGCUUCUCGCGCUGACACUGACUCAUAGGUGAAGAAGGACCUCCCAGAGCCUUUAUCACGUACACUAACCUCAGACUGCACCCCCUCGCCCUGAUAAAGAGUCAGAUACUGUGUGUGUGUGUGUGCUAGUCUCACUCCGAUGGUGAUUAUUACCUGCUAUGACCGGGGUUCAAUGUAAAAGCUGAAACUAAUGUAUUUUUGGCCAUUGAAUGAAAAAAAAUGCAUGAAAGUAGCUGUGAAUCAGAAA